AUGGCUGGUCGUUUUCGCGGUGCCGUGGGCAAAUUGUCAAAGCCAAAGACAAGCCGAGCGGCGCGUAAGGCCCGCGGUAAACGCACAGUGGCGUUAGUCAAGCGGGCACCCAAACUCUCUGAAGAAAAUCUGCAAAAACGCAUUGCCGAACUCACCGGCAUCACCACCGCAACGACUGCUAAUAGUGGUGACUGUAGUAAUACAGCAGAUGGAAAAAAGGAACAUUCAGAACAGACAAAGAGUAAAAAGAGCCGUGAGAAGCCAGAACGUUCAUCCUCAUCUAAUAAGAAAGAGAAACCACGUCAGCCCGCUGGUACGGUGGAACUCGCCAAGAGUCGAGUUGUUCCAAUGGGAAAAAGUAAACACGAAGGUAAAAGUGAAGAUCACGCAGAGGCAGGGAAUACAUCUACGGCCGCUGGUGUGGGACUGCGGCUCUUACACCGUGCCGUGCGUAGUCAAUCCCACAAUCGACUGUUGCCUCAUCAAAACCGACACGAUUACGAAUACCGUUUACGCACAGUGGCUACUACAGGUGUGGUGCGGCUCUUUAAUUCUCUCGCACAGGCACGUAAGGCCGCGGGAGCUGUAGAGGCGCAGGAGAAACAUCUCACAGCUGAUAAGGCGUUAGAGAAGAAACAAGUCGCCACGAAGGAGGCUUUCCUCGCAGCCCUGCGACAGCCACGUGCGAUGGACAGAUAUUGA